UUUCUUGACACCCGUCUAUCGCUCUAGAUAUUUUUAUUUUGUUUUAACGGUUUGUCCUAAUUUUUUCGUACACCACCAUGAAAUCGAUAGUAGUACUAGCAUUAAUUAUAAUUUCAUUGAUGUUCGAUGUGGCUGUGAACUCAAGCCUCGACGAAGAAGUGAAUGAGGUGAUGGAAGUUCCUCCGGGUAUUCAAGGGAAAUGUCCGUCGCAGAGUGGAUACUCGGAGUAUUACCAAGUAACUGUCAUGACAUCGAAUACAUCACUGGUUAGCGGCUGUGCUUAUAUACAAUUCAACAUUGUCAACAGUAAGAGACAAUCGUUUAGCUUGUGGCUCAGCAAAUUACCACGCACCGGGAAACGUUGCCAGGAGCAUAACUAUACAGACAUGGAACAUUACCAUUUUAACUGUCUGUUAAAACCACCUUCGCCGUCAGAUGACGCCCACAAGGGACGUGUGUACGUAAGGCUAUACGGCCCAGCCACCAAAACUCCUGGCAAAGUAAAUGUCAAAUGUGCCAUGUACGAGAAUGUAAAAGGAAAUGCGACGAUGUUUCGAAUGGCGAUAAGUAGUAACGUCAAAUGUGACGGCUUAUCUGAAUUGCUAUUUGACUCAAAACCAGUGAUGCCUGAAUCAAACAACGGGUCAAUUUUGCUGAGAUUAAAUAGAUAUCGUUAUAAUAAGCAUCGCAUAUAA